GAAGACGCUUCUCAGAGAUUGGCAGCACUGAUUUCAAGUUAAUAACGGACAUUGACAGUUGACUAUUACAACAAAAUGGCAUUGAUUUAAAAGUAUACCUACUAGUUAGUCGUUUGGAUAUCUAUAUUUAUUGACAUAAAUUAUAACAAGGAAAAACCUUUGUUUAAUACAAUAAUUGUGCGAAAACUGAAAUUUAAACAUGAAUGUACCGUUCCCAUUAUUGUUUCCACGUUUUGUGGAUCCUUCUUGGUUUAGCGCCGACAGCCCCUGUGACGAGGACGCCGAAUUAACUAACAUGGAACAAGCUCAUCAACAAUGGCUUAAUUCCAUUGGGCAGCAAUAUAUGAAACGUCCACCAUUGGGUAAAGUGGAUCCGGAACCCCUGGAGGAAGAGGCUGAGUCUGAUGAAGAAGAAGAAGAAGAGGUUAAUGAUGAAUCUGAUGAAUCGGAGGAGUCACAUGAUGAAGAUGAAGAGGAAGAACUACGUGCUUAUUCACCUUUAAGUAAUAAUAAUAUACUAGAGCCUGAAGCUUUAGAAGAUCCCAAUGAAAACCCAGAGAACAACAACAAUCCUGACCAAGGUGCUCUUUGGCCUAUUCAGUAACUUUGACAUGCACAUGAUCUUAUUUAUCAGUGUAUGAAUAUCUUUAUAUUUUCUGUAUAAAUGUAUAAGCAAAAUUAAAUUUAAAAGAAACCAA